AUGGAAGAACUCGAUGAAUUGCGCAACGAGGCGUACGAGAAUGCAAGGAUCUACAAAGACAAAGUCAAGAGGUUGCACGAUAGCCGUAUUGUGCCCAAGAAUCUCCAACCCGGAAUGAAGGUUCUUUUGUUCAACUCAAGGUUGAAACUCUUCCCGGGCAAGCUCAAGUCUCGUUGGAGUGGCCCUUUCAUUCUAAAGGAGAUUCUCCCUCACGGCGCUGUGAUCUUGAGCAAGGAGAACAACGAAGAGACGUUUACCAUCAAUGGGCAUAGGGUGAAGCCCUACUUGGAGCAUGAAGUGGUUGCCGUUGUAGUGGAGUCUCAAGCACUCCACGACCCAACGUUUUGA